GCGAUUUCAAUUGUAAAAAAUAAAAAUAAAUUGAAAAAACAAAAAAAAGAAUUCGCCAGGGAAGUUAACAACACACAGCUCGAUGGACUUAAACCCUCCAAAACCCUUCUGUUAAGGAAGGUCGCUUAUUUCGCAUUGGUUCAUCUCCUUUAGCAGAGGAAUAAGUCAGUUGCAAGGGCCUCCGUUAGUUGUCUGUUAUUCUUUGAAUCAGAAUGAGUCGGUCACAAGGGCCUUCAUCCAAUAAGCGGAAAAGGCCAGACUUGAAUUCAACUGCUGAUCCUCUAACAGAACAUGAGCGCCUGCUCUAUGAUGUAAUCAGAAGCAAACAAGAUAUGGGUAUGUCGUCAGAAGAUGUGAAAAGCGAGACCAACGUCCCUGCUAAUUUGGUUAGUAAAUCCCUCAAGUCACUUCAAGCCAAGAAUUUGAUCAAAGUGGUUGUGAAUAUUCAAAGCAAGGGAUGGAAACACUAUAUGGCAUCAGAAUUUGAACCAUCAAAGCAAAUCUCUGGCGGAGCAUGGUAUGCUGGUGGGAGCUUAGACACAGAAUUUAUAGCACUAGUGAGAGAACAAUGUGUGAAGCACGUGUUUCGGUUGAAGCUUGCUACCUUGGAGGGGGUUUCAGAUUUAAUCAGAAGGAGUGGGGUAUUUGCAGUUGACUUGUCGAAUCAGCAAAUUGAAGAGAUCAUGAAGGCUUUGGUUCUUGAUAAUGAGAUUACUGAAUUGAAGAGUAAUGGAAGCGGGGAGUUUGCUAGUAUUCCGACUGGAAAAACUUGUUAUAAAUGUGGAAGUAAGGGAGCUGGUGGAGGUGAACCGAAGACAGGGGCCUUGGCUUCCAUUCCCUGUGGAGUUUGUCCACAGAUAGGUCUUUGUACACCUGAUGGCAUAAUUUCGCCGACAACCUGUGUCUAUUACACCAAGUGGCUGGACUUCUAAAUUUGCUGUAUUUAGCUACAACUUUUUCAUAUAUUGUGUCACCUGGAUUGAAUGUCAAACAAUUUUGCUCUUGUUGGUUUCUGGUA